AUGAGUUUCAAUCAAAAGAUUCAAGAAAACUGGCUGGCGGCACUCUUCUUUGCCGCCGGCGAUAUGCUAACAGGACACGGCGUUUGCCGCCGCCGGCAUUGUGGAACGUCCGGCCGCGCCGGUGAUGAAGAGUCGCGCUUUAAUACAUAUGCUUCUACUAUAUCUGCUAGCAUAAAUUCUAUUCCCAUGUUAAAUGGAACAAACUUUAAGGAAUGGAAAGAGAAUGUUAUGAUCGUUCUUGGCUGCAUGGAUCUAGACCUUACGCUAAGGAUUGAACAACCCACUGCUCUUACAGACCAAAGUUCCAAUGAGGAAAAAUGGGAUUUUGAGAAGUGGGAACGUUCAAAUCGCAUGAGUCUUAUGAUCAUGAAGCGUGGAAUUCCAGAAACUUUCAGGGGUGCUGUGUCCGAGAAGGUAACUACUGCCAAAGAGUUCCUUGAGGAACUUCAAAAGCAUUUUGCUAAAAAUGAUAAGGCUGAAACAAGUACGAUUUUGUCGAACUUGAUUUCAUUGAAGUCUAAAGGAAAAGGAAAUAUAAGGGAGUACAUCAUGGAAAUGUCUCAUCUUGCUUCGAAACUAAAGGCACUAAAGUUAGAUCUAUCUGAGGAUUUGCUCGUGCAUUUAGUUUUGAUUUCUCUUCCUGCACAAUUCAGCCAGUUUAAGGUCAGUUACAACUGCCAAAAGGACAAAUGGACUCUUAAUGAGCUCAUUUCUCAUUGUGUGCAAGAAGAAGAAAGACUGCAGCAAGAAAACAGAAAGUGCUCACUUGGCUAG